GUAUAAAAGAUAACUCACGAUUCUUAAGCACGUCACAUACGUCUUGCUAGCUAACGCUGAGGAAGUUAUAAACGCUCGUGAUGAGUAAGAUAAUGUGGGUCAUAUUCCUGAUUUUCUUCGUUGGUUUUUUGGGAAGUGCACAGUCACAGUCUCCAAAACGCCUACCAUGGCCACCACAACCAACCAAGGGCAGUACGUCAUGUGGCUGCUGUACCGUGCACGUAGCAGGAACACCUGGCCGUGACGGGCGGGAUGGAAAUGUUGGCAUUAAGGGUGAUCCUGGAAGAAGAGGAGCACCGGGAAUUCCAGGAAAGCGCGGGCCUCCAGGUCCAUUUCCAGUUGGCCCCAUUCCUUUUGGUGGUUCUUCAGCAGCCUGUACAAGUAACACGGCCGGGCAUGUUCGCUACGAAACAUCCCAGARUGCCUUGCAACUGUGUAAUGGAGUUUCCUGGUUGCCUAUAGUUACUGAGAGCAAAGGUCAAUCGAUGCAAAAUCCAGGGAAACAUUGCUUGGACAUUCUCAACUCAGGACACAGUCGCGGCAGUGGACUGUACUGGAUUGAUCCUACUGGUGGUUCCCCUGAAGACUCGUACCAGGCACUCUGCGAUAUGACCACGGAGAGUGGAGGCUGGACACUAGUUGGUACUAAGGUGUCUGUAGAUUUUGUUCCCAUUUCGAGAACAUUUUCUGGUCGCGCUGCACAAACGAAUAAUGAUGACGCUGCUAGUCAUAUUCAUCCAGCUUUAAAAAACGUUUGGAAGGAGAUAUUGUUUCGGUUCAGCCAUCGUAGUGAUGUCUACGUCAUUUACAACCGAGCAGGGGAUGGCCCUUCAAGUGCAAAGCAAAAAUUUGAUGCGUUCUUGAUGGGUAAGCCAGCAAAAGAUCUCAUAGAUGUUGGAGGGUUCUACAAGUAUGCUCCCGAAGAGCAGGGUCGAUACCCCUCUACCGGCUUCUACACAAUCAAAAGAUUCCAUUACUUUACGAGCAGCUUUGUUGCGGAAGGAUUUGGUGGGACAGCUAAAUGGCUGAACCUGUGGAAAGGUGUUGAUAGCAAUAACUACUUGUAUUCUGACAAUGAUGCAGCCAAGGGAAGAAAAUGCAUCGCUGGAUACUGCUAUCAUGAUAUGCCUGUCUGGAUAAUGGUCCGUUGAUAAAUUAAGAUCUUUUCGUUUUCAAGCCCUUGCAGACAUUUAGUAGCAUUUAGWAGCAUAGAAAUUUAAAGUAGAUAAGCUAUAAUAGACAUUAGACAUAUCGUGAUUAAGUUAUGAUUAUACAUUACAAACCUAGAAAUUGUAUAACAUGAAAAGGGUUACAUUAUAAAAUGAAGUAUGAGAUAGUGAA